AUGAGACUCAGCACUGCGCUUGCCGGUUUGAUAGCAGCAGCAGUAGGAUCUGCGCUCGCCGCACCCUCUGCUGAGCUUGCAAAGCGCGCAUGUGCGCCAGCUGAAGAGACAACACUGAAGAUCUUUGCAUUGGAACACCGCGACGGAGCUCCUAUCCUGAGCAUGACAUUCUGUACGACCUUCAGUCCAACUAAGAAGGGUAACUUCACCCUGUCUCAAGCGAGCACGCCCUCUACCACUUUCUUCCCGCAAGGUUCUCUGCCGGUCCAAAACUCCAAAUUCAUCUUUGAUCUGAUCGUCAUACAUGGCGAGACCAAGCCUGGCUCGACAUUUGAUAUCAUGAUUAUCCUCUAUUACGAAGGACCAGUCGUUCGCUAUUCGUCGCUUGGAUACUACUACGCCAAUGGCGUCAAGCAACCAUCUAUUCAUUCGCUGACGAUUGGCGACAAGAUCCGUCCUCGCUGGCCAGGCAGAGGUUAG